AGCCGCCAUUACUGAUCAACAACAGACGUAUUGAAAGAAGUCAUUUUAUGAAGCCAGUGACGCAAAAUUGGACAGAGAGGAGAAGGAAGCAAAGAACAUCUGUUGAAGGUUAACACAAAUGGAAACCCCUGUAAAACCAGGUUUCCGUGUCAUCCGAGGGCCUGAUUGGACUUACAAGAACCAAGAUGGCGGAAAGGGAUACGCAGGAACGGUUCUGAGACUACAUGAUGAACGUCAACCACAUUUUCCAAAACUCUCGGUACUCGUUCAGUGGGACAAUGGAGAUAAAGGUCUCUACCGGGCUGGCUAUGACCAGGGUUACGAUCUCAGGAUCAUUGAUACAGCUAAUGCAGUGUGUCAUCCAAAGGUCUGGUGUGACGGAUGCGACGUUGAUGAGAUUAGGGGGAUGCGAUGGAGAUGCACCGAGUGCUACGCCUUUGACCUCUGUACCACUUGCUACAUGAAUGAUGAACAUGAUCUCAGUCAUAUAUUCAUGAGAGUGCUGUCUUCAGACAAAACAUCCAUGGGUCCUAAGAUGCUACCAAGAUCAUCAUCUCCUCGUCUUGCUCUUAAAGGAAGCUUUGCUGGAGCAAAGGUUGUCAGACAUCCCCAGUGGCACAAGAGACUUGAAUCAGAUAAGCUACUCGGGACAGUAGUCAGACAUGGACAGACACUUGAGGAUAAAGUCAAUGUACGAGCAGCGGUUGAGUUCUCUUUUGGGCGAGAGAGGGUAGACCUCAAUAAAAUCUCAUGUACACUACCAGGGUCAGGAGGUUUUGUGUAUGCUGGACACCUAGCAAAUCUUGGGGAUCUGGAGCGAGUGAAUGAAGGUGACAACGUCCUGGUAACUGCCACUCCUGCAGAAUUGGAGGAACUCCACAAGCGCAGAGGAUUGUGGAAGCCAGAUAUGACCAAAACGUUUCUCGAGAAGGGAUAUGUGCUUAAAAGGACGAAUACUGGUGACUUCACAGUGACUUUCCAUGACAGCCAAGAAACAUUUAGAAUGAAUUCUGCAGCUCUAAGGAAGUAUCGGUCAGCUUGUCCGGAUAAGUGA